UGCAUAGUUUAUGGGUGGUGCUGCUACUGCUUCUCCUCCUCUCCAAUAUUUUUUUCCCUCUCCUCUGCUCACAUUCCUCCUCCCUGACCGCCAUCUACAACCUCUCCAAGAAACCCUGCCUCGGCUACUGCUCCUCCUCCUCCUCCUCCUCCUCCUCCUCCUCCCCCUCCCCCUCUUUCCUUAAUAAUAUAUCUCUAAUAAAAGGGUUAUAUAAAAACCGAUCCAUUGUCGAUUACUCCACUCCAAAAUGAGCACAAUUUACUCCGUCAGUUUUUGGCUGCUUUUCUUCGUCCUUGUCGGAGCUGGGGAGGGCACGACAUUCACGUUCGUGAACCGGUGCGGGGGCACGGUGUGGCCGGGGGUGCUGUCGAACUCGGGCAGCCCGCAGCUGGAGAGCACGGGAUUCGAGCUGGCGUCCGGAGCGUCGCGGACGUUCGUGGCGCCGACGGGGUGGUCAGGCCGCUUCUGGGCGCGCACCGGCUGCAACUUCGACGCCUCCGACCGCGGCUCCUGCGCCACCGGCGACUGCGGCUCCGGACAGCUCCAGUGCAACGGUGCAGGCGCCGCCCCGCCGGCCACGCUCGCCGAGUUCACAUUGUCUUCUUCUGCAUCGUCUUCCUCCGCCGCCCAGGACUUCUACGACGUCAGCCUGGUAGACGGGUACAAUCUGCCGAUGACGAUCGAAGCAAAUGGCGGGACGGGCGGCGGCGGCGGGGGCUGCGCGGCGACGGGGUGCGCGGCGGACCUGAACAAGCGGUGCCCGGCGGAGCUCAGGGUGGGGGAGGGGGAAGGGGAGGCGUGCCGGAGCGCUUGCGAGGCCUUUGCGAAGCCGGAGUUCUGCUGCAGCGGGGCCUUCGCCAGCCCCGCCGCCUGCCGCCCCUCCGUCUACUCCCAGAUGUUCAAGUCCGCCUGCCCCAAGUCCUACAGCUACGCCUUCGACGAUCCCACCAGCACUUUCACCUGCUCCGGCGGCGCUGGUUAUACCAUCACCUUCUGCCCUGCUUCCUCUCCUCCGAGUAGUCAGAAAUCGUCGAGAGAUUCCCCAUCUACUCCGAAAGCGACAGGUGGUGUGAUGCUUGAAGAUGACUCUUGGCUUGCAAGCCUCGCCACCGGAGAAGCCAGUACUGCUUGGCGAGACGUCCCCUUCAUCCACCAACCCUUCCUUAUCCUGUUCAUCGUCUUCCUUCUCCUCUAGUCCAAAGGAAAUGCUUUUGGUCCGUCCGAGUCGUCGGCUACAUAUAUGACAAAUAUUUUUUACAGGACAUCAUCAAACUGAGACCCAUGGUUCGCCCACUUUCUCUCUCUAGGGGAUGUAAUGCGAAGAAAAGGAACGGUGGGGUGGGAAUUCCAACAGUCAAUUUAAUGGAGGGAGGGGAGGGGCGAAGUUUGACCAAAUUAAAUCACAUCUAUGUAAUCUUUUCAUGACUUUUGAUGAUGUAUUUAUAUGCCUAGAUUUUAAUAGAUUUGUGGUGCAUGGGCAACUGUAUUUAAUUCAUAAUGGUACAGUGAUGGGGUGUAUAAAAUUGGUACAAGGGUGGGCGUUUUGAUGGGCACAUGGGGUGUCGUGAUUAAAGCAUGCACGGUUGGUGGGGAGGACGUGGAUUUAUUUUAUUAAAGAAUUACAAUUUAAGUUUCCUUUUCUAUGGAAUGUGCUGGAGGUUAAAGAA